GUUCGGCAACAUCUAGCCGCCAGCGUCCUAGCCCACAGGCCAGUCUCUGUCCUCAUCCGGCGGCCCGUUCCUCGCUUUCGGUUGGUAGAUGAGGCCAUGACUACGCUACGACGACGGCCGGCGAGCGCACCAAAUAUACGCGUCGCUGCCACUGGCGCCGAUCUUUAUAUAUUUGCCACCACCAUUGAUGAAGCAAUUUCCGUCAGCUACAGCGCCUCAAGUGGUAGCGACCUUCUCGCUGACUUGGGAGCUUUCAAAUAGCUGUAUGUUCGAUUCCAAUCCUUUUUCUUCAGUUGUAGCUCGCAAAUGAGAUUAGCACAUCAAUGAGAACAAGAAUAAGAAGAAGUGGUAUUGCAUGGCUAGACCUCUGUCAUCUUUUUCAAACCUCUUCCGCCUCCGCCAUAACCCUCGCGCUCUCCAAAACCCUAGCACAGUCGACCAAAUUCGUGGACUCACUGCAGGAGCUGAGGGGGAUCAUGGCGGAGAAGAAUACCCAGAAAGCCAAAAUCAUGAACAAGUCGCGAAAGAAGUUUGUAGAAUCAUCCGAUGCAGACCCAGAUGGGAGCAAACACUGCACUCUGAUUUCCCUUCUUUCAGUUUCUCUAAUCCGAGGUUUUUUGGGGAAUUUUUGAAGCAGCAAGGCAAUGUACUUCUUUCUCUCAGAUUCUUCCGCUGGUUAAGCUCUCAGCCUGGGUUCUCGCCGGAUUCCACGUCUUGUAAUGCACUUUUUGAUGCGCUCGUGGGCGCCAACGCCUCCAUUGCUGCAAAGUCGUUUCUUAAUUCCACCAAUUUCAGUCCUGAUCCGGUUUCAUUAGAGGCUUAUAUUCGAUGUCUUUGUGAGGAUGGAUUGAUCCAAGAUGCUCUUGAUGUGUUUGAGAAGUUAAAAGGGAUUGGAGUUUGUCCCUUGGUGGAAACUUGGAAUUCUGCUUUGUUGGGCUCACUGCAAGUUGGGAGAAUUGACUUAUUUUGGAAGCUGUAUGGAGAGAUGAUGGAAUUUGGUAUUGAAGGGGAUGUUAAUACUGUUGGAUAUCUCAUUCAAGCCUUCUGCGAAGAUAACCAAGUUGAGAAAGGUUAUGAACUGCUUCGACAAGUUAUGGAAGAUGGGAUGGUGCCCAGCAAUUCUGCUUUUAACAAAUUGAUUUCUGGGUUUUGUAAGGAUAUGUGUUAUGAUAGAGUGUCUGACCUGCUCCACAAAAUGAUUGCGAAGGACCAUGCCCCAGAUAUUUUUACUUAUCAGGAAAUAAUCCGUGGUCUCUGUAAGAGUAGAAAGGGCCCUGAAGGUUUUCGAAUUUUCAAUGAUCUCAAGGAUAGAGGGUAUGCUCCUGAUAGGGUCAUGUAUACAACAAUCAUUCAUGGUCUUUGUGAGAUGAAAUGGAUUGGGGAAGCUAGGAAGCUGUGGUUUGAGAUGUUUCGGAAGGGAAUCCUCCCUAAUGAAUACACUUAUAAUGCUCUUAUUCAUGGGUUUUGUAGGAUUGGUAAUCUUGAACAGGCUUGGAAGCUGUACAGGGAGAUGUGUGACAAAGGCUAUGGAGAGACUACGGUGAGUUACAACACCAUGAUUGGAGGACUUUGUUUGAAUAGAAAGCCAACAGAAGCCCAAGCCUUGUUUGAUGAAAUGCCCCAAAAGGGUAUUGUUCGUGAUGUGAUUACAUACAACACUCUGAUUCGUGGUUUUUGCAUGGAAGGGAAGAUAGUUGAGAGCUCAAACCUUUUGGAGCAACUCUUAGAACAGGGUUUACAGCCUUCAACUUCCUCUUAUACCGUCAUCAUUGAAAAACUUUGUCAGACUGGAAAUGUGAAAAAAGCAAAAGAGCUGUGGAGUGACAUGCAAACAAAGGGUGUUGAACCAGCUGUCUGCACCCGCGAUUUUAUCAUAACAGGAUUCUGCCAGCUAGGAUAUGCUGCUGAGGGGAUGGAAUGGUUGGCAGAGAUGCUGAGGAGUAGGCUCAAACCACAAAAGGAGACUUUUGAGAGUUUGAUUCAAUGCCUUUUACAAAGUGAUAUGUUGGACGAUGCUUUACUUGUUUUAGAUUCAAUGUUCAAGAUAGGUUAUGUAUUAAGAGAAUGUCUUUGCCAUUUUUUGGUUAGCAAACUUUGCAAAGGGGAUUCCCAUAUUGUCAAAACCUGUCUGGAGGAGAUCCUGCAAGGAAAUUGAAGCUUUAGAAAUCUUUUACAAUCAUUUUACUAA